AUGGAGUCUCCGUGGUGUCCCGUGGUCGUCCUCACGUUGGCCGUCUGGCUUUGCUGCUUUGCACCCGCCUGCGCCGACGGAAGCUAUGGAUGCCUGUUUGAAGACGAGCUUUGCCGAGCUUAUGAGUUCUGCGUCAACGAUGGAGUUUUCGGGAGGUGUCAGGAGCUGGCCGUCGCAGACCUGAACACGUACGACGUGUCUUCCUCCGGCUUGCUGCGCCUGAGGACUCUCUUGCAGAAACUAGCUCACAGAGGUCUGACAUGGCAGGAUGACAUCACCCAGCAGGUCAUCUCCCAAGAGCUCUCCAAGCUGAGGAGCCAUCAGGCAGCAUCGGAGGCGCCAUUCGGGUCCUACGACAUAGUCACGGGCAGGAAUGGGAGACCCGGCCAGGCAGAGCUGAACAGGAACCUUCAGCGCUUCCUUAAAGGCUUGCAGUUCCUGCCACAGCUCCAGCCUGGAGUCCAACAAAAGGCAGUUAGCACUCAGAAUGAUGGCAUCAGCGAUGACAGCCCUUCCGAUCGUGCUCCGCCAAAGUCAGGCUGGAAAGAGACCAGCAUUUACAGCCUCCAAAAGGGACCGGACCAAGCUCCCAUCACCAAGGUCAUCUCAAAAAGUGGCGAGGGCAGGCACCCUAAACUUAGCGCCCCCUACAAGCCCCUCUCUAACCAACUGGACCAGCUCCUUGGGGGAAGGGAACCGCCCGAGUCGAACGGAAAGCUCCGCUACCUUGGCUACGUGCGCCCGCCUCCAGAUGAGAUUCGAGUAGAUUUUGGUUCGAAAGCCCCAAAACCCAAUCUGGAUGGACUUUUGUUCAGGAGUGGGUCUGGCCAAUUGACUGCCAAGAAGCCCUCUCAUGUUAUGAAUGACCGGUUAAUGCAGGAUAUGAUGAACCAUUUGGGAGGGCACAACUUCAAUAUGGACCCAUUGAUGGCCAAAGACCUUAACCACCUGGCUGAUGUCAUCACCGGAGUUCUGCAAGAAGCUGAGGUGAGGCAACCUGAUCCCGAGGCGCAGCCAGGACCGGGAACCGCUAUGUCUGACCAGGUCACGGAUGGAGACCGGGAGCAAGUGGCUGCUGUGGAAUCGAACAAAGUCUUGGAUACGAAACCAAACAAAGUGCUGGUUGUCAAACAGAAGGUCCCUUCCAGAUUUCGACAAGGUAGCCAACAAGAAGAUAGUGCAGCUGACAAGGAGCCUGUUGACAAGCAUACUGCCAUUUUCUCCAAGCUCCUCAACUAUCUUGACAAGUUUGAUGAUUCCCCUGAUGUUCAACCUGUUACUGGUGAAAAAGCAGUGGGCCUGGAGAGCAUCCAUAGUCGAACCACGCAGUCCCAAAGUGCCAAGAAAGUCUUCUCUGCACCCGCCAGGGAAGACUCCAGCUUGCGGUUGAUCAGUGGUGCGACGCCCGAUGCCCAACAAUCUGACUCUGAGAUGGUGAAGUGGAUGCAAAAGCCUGCCGCCAAUGACGUGAAGAUCAAAACUCAGUUGGUCCACGUCGGACUGAAAGAGUUUUCCAGCAGAGGAAAGGACAGACAUUUUGGUUACAUCAUAACUGGCUCAGACUCCCUCACCUCUGACCAGGCCAUGGACUUGAUGGAACGACUCACCCAGGAGCUGAAACUCCAUGCCGCAGACCUCACGCAGCUCUCUGUUCUCGGCCCGGCGUUGACUUUCCGGGUCGGGCCCAACCCUGCCAACGUAACCACAGCAGAUCUGGUGCAAGUGGCCGUUCAACAGAAGCAGCAGCUGGAGAAGGAGACGGGCCUGAAAAUCGUGGAGGCUGGAGUCAGUGACAGGGGCAGCCUGAGCCGCAUCCCCGUGGUGAAAGAGACCCGCGUGGAGUCAGGCCAAUUGGUGGUUCUCUCGGUCCUUUGCGUGCUCUUCAUCCUGGUGGUGCUGUUGGUGUCUGCCACCUUCUUCUGCGUGCGCCAGCGCUCCCACCUGCGCAUUAAAGAGAAACUCUCCAGCUUGGGCACUGAUACUGGCAACGAUGCCACGGCAACCUAUCAGGAGUUGUGUCGCCAACGCAUGGCUAUCCGGGCGUCAGAGCGUGUGGAGCGUCCAGAGACGCUGCGCCACUCGCGCCUCAACAGUGUGUCGUCCCAGUUCAGCGAUGGGCCCGGAGCGGGAAGCCCAUCCACGCGUAGCAGCACAUCCUCCUGGUGCGAGGAGCCUGUCCCGUCCAACAUGGACAUCUCCACUGGGCACAUGAUACUGUCGUACAUGGAGGACCACUUGAAGAACAAGAACCGUCUGCAGCGCGAGUGGGAGGCGCUGUGCUUGUAUCAAGCGGAACCAGCCACCUGCAACGUGGCCCGGAGCGAGCAGAGUGUCAGGAAGAACCGCUCGGAUGCCGUGCUAGCGUAUGAUCAUUCCAGGAUCACCUUGAAAGCAGAGAAUAACCAUAGCGGCUCCGAUUACAUCAAUGCCAGCCCAAUUAUGGACCACGACCCCCGCAACCCCACUUACAUCGCCUCGCAGGGCCCGCUUCCCUCCACCGUGGCCGACUUCUGGCAGAUGGUGUGGGAGAGCGGCUGCGUGGUCGUCGUCAUGCUCACCCCUGUUUCGGAGAACGGCGUCAAGCAGUGUCACCACUACUGGCCGGAUGAGGGAUCGGAUGUCUACCAUUUCUACGAGGUGAACCUCGUGUCCGAGCAUAUCUGGUGCGAAGACUUCCUCGUUCGGAGCUUCUACCUGAAGAACCUGCACACCAACGAGACGCGCACCGUCACCCAAUUCCACUUCCUGUCCUGGAUGGACCGCGGCGUUCCCAACUGUGCGCGCACCCUCUUGGACUUCCGCAGAAAGGUUAACAAGUGCUACCGGGGUCGAUCUUGCCCGAUUAUUGUUCACUGCAGUGACGGCGCCGGCAGGAGCGGGACAUACAUUUUGAUCGACAUGGUCCUCAACAGGAUGGCCAAAGGUGCGAAAGAGAUUGAUAUUGCCGCGACCCUGGAGCACUUGAGAGACCAGAGAGCCGGCAUGGUCCACACAAAGGAGCAGUUUGAGUUUGCGCUGACGGCCGUGGCCGAGGAGGUCAACGCCAUCCUCAAAGCGAUGCCCCAGUGA